AUGUCUAGUUCGUCAGACAAUGAAAGCGACAACGAGAAGAUUGUGCCUUCUAGGCUCGGUAAAUGCGAAGUAUGUGGCGCUAACGAAGCAAUCUACACAUGCCCAAAAUGCGAAGUGAAGACAUGCUGCCUUGAUUGUGUGAGGAUACACAAGAAGGAGCUGGAGUGUACCGGCAUCCGGGAUAGAACGAAGUUUAUAAGAAUGAACGAUUUUACAGAUACUGAUCUGUUAAGUGACUACAGAUUGUUAGAACAAUGUGCACGAUUUGUGUAUGCUGUUAAAAGAGAUGAGAAGAAAAAAUAUAGCAGAAUAGACAAAGACCUGCCAAUUCACCUGUAUAAACUGAAGAUGGCAGCUAUGAAGAGGGGCACAAUCUUACAAUUUCUUACACAAAAUUUUACUAAACACAAAGUGAACACAACAAGAUACAAUUACAAAAGUAACACCAUAAGUUGGCGAGUUGAGUGGGUGUUUCCUAACGUGGAGACGAAGCCUCUUAAGUUUGUUGAUGAGAAAUGUUUAGAAAGUAAAAAACUGUCAGAGCUGAUCGCUAAAUAUCUAGACCCUAAUGCUGCCCCUUUUGAGGGAUCUAAAGACUUAGUUUAUUAUAAAUCUGUAGGUUUUAGUGGAGUCAAAGUGUUGUUGAAAGCUGAAAAAGUAAAAGGGUCAUCAAAAAAGUUCUUUGAACUGGACACAUCUGAGUCUUUAGCAGAAAACUUGUCAGGAAAAUGUAUAGUUGAAUUUCCUAUUAUUUUCAUUGUACUAAAGGACCAUUCUUAUAACUUUGAGAUUAUUACACCAGAGGAUGAAUUUGAUUAUGACAAUAAAAAUUCAGACCGCCAUACGGAUGAGAGCAGUAAAGCUGACAGUGAAACAACCAAAAGUAUGGAGACUAUGAACAGUGACUCAUCACAAAUGAAUCCUGAAAAUGGUCAUCAAAGAAAAAGACAAAAAACAUUACUGACAGAGAAAAUAGCAGAAGAAAAAAAGAAGGAAAUAGAGAAGGAAAUCAAGGAACACAAGAAGAAACAACCCAAAAAUCUUUUAUUUACAACUGGAUACUCCUCAGAAGAAAGUAUAAGCUGUUCAGAAGACGAGAAUGAAAAUAAAUGA